UUCUAAUAUAAAAAAGGUCGAGUCAUUGUUCAUAGUGGCUGAUGCAAGCAAUUGUUACAGCAGUUGUCCAUAUAAAUAUGCAGCAUCCUUGACGACCCUUCCUCUCUUUAAAGGCUGAUUUCAUUGAGCUGUAACUUGUUUUUGUCUUGCUCAAAUGGCGGCACGGAAGGUGGUAGUGAAAAUCAUGACCAUGAAUGAUGAAAAGACAAAGAAGAAAGCUAUAGAGGCUGUUUCCGACAUAUAUGGCGUUGAUUCAAUAGCGGCGGAUGUGAAGGAGCAGAAGCUGACAGUCAUAGGAGAGAUGGACACGGUUGCCAUUGCCAAAAAGCUCAAGAAAAUAGGGAAAGUGGAUAUUGUCACCGUGGGACCUGCUAAAGAAGAAAAGAAAGAUGACAAAAAAGACGACAAGAAAGAUGAAAAGAAAAACGAAAAGAAGGAUGAAAAGAAAUGAUCGUUUGAAUUUGAUUGAAGUUUGUGUUGUUUGCAUAUCCUUUAGCUUAGCUACAUAAUUAAACAUGGUAAUAAUACGGUAUUUACUGUCGUGCUUGAUUCUUCGUUU